AUGAAUCAUAGCAUUAUUCGGCACGGCAAAAGACCUGCUUCCACGCUCUUCCGCUCGGCCGUGAAAGCAACAGCCGCCAGACCCAGCAUUCGAAGAGGGGGUUUGACUGUUGGUGUUCCUUUCGUUGCUGCCCUGAACCAUAAGCUUGGUACAUCUCAACAGAUAUAUACCACUGGAGGAGCAAUCCGUUCUUUUGCAACCGUCGUAUCGUCUACCGUCCAGCAGAAGCCCACGACCGCCACCAUGAGAGCUCUCAGGUACCACGGCGUCAAGGACCUUCGUGUCGACAAUGAUAUCCCCGUGCCUGCGUGCGGGGAGCACCAGAUCAAGAUCAAGCCUGCGUUCUGUGGCAUUUGUGGAACAGAUUUGCACGAAUACUCGUCUCCGACAUUCAUCCCGGCCAAGGACCAUCCUCACCCCGUAACCGGUGAAUCCAUGCCCGUCACCAUCGGCCACGAGUUCAGCGGCGAGGUGGUGGAGAUUGGAUCCAAGGCCAAGAACCCCAAGGGUCUCAAGGUCGGAGACAAAGUGGCCGUCCAACCGACCGUGGCCUGCUUCCACUGCGGCCCCUGCAACGAAGGCUAUAUCAACUGCUGUGACAGCGCCGGGUUCGUGGGACUCAGCGGUGGCGGCGGCGGAAUGUCGGACUACGUCAGUGUUGACGAGCAGUUUGUCUUCCCGUUGCCUGAACACAUCGGCCUCGACGUCGGCGCCCUGGUCGAACCGCUGGCCGUCGCAUGGCACGGUGUCAACCAAUACCCCGUCAAGGAAGGCACUUCGGCCAUCGUGAUGGGCGCGGGGCCGAUCGGGCUGGGCGUCAUUCAAUGCCUCAAGGCCCGCGGCGCGUCGACCAUUAUCGUCGUCGAAAUCGCAAAGGAGAGACAGAACUUUGCAAAGGAGUUUGGCGCCACUCACCUCAUCGACCCCAGACAUGAGGAUGUCGUCAAGAAGGCCAAGGAGCUCACUGAUGGUCAAGGGCCUCAUUUGGCUUUGGACGCUGCAGGUGUGCCCGCGAGUUUGAAGACUGCCACUCUGGCUGUCAGGGCCAGAGGGACGGUGGUCAACUUGGCCAUCUGGGAAAAAGAGGUCCCGUUCCAACCCAACAAUUUGGUGUUUGGAGAGAAGAAAUACGUCGGAGUCCUCGGCUACGUCAAGGAAGAUUUUGCCGGCGUCAUUGGCGCCCUGGCCGACGGCAGCCUCAAGCCCGAAAAGAUGAUCACACGCAAGAUCCACAUUGACCGCGUCGUCGAGGACGGGUUCCGCGCCCUGAUUGACGAAAAGGACAAGCAUGUCAAGAUCUUGGUGGAUUGUCGGGCCUAG